AUGGCCUCAGACCACCAGACCCCAGCGGGCAAACCUCAGCCCCUCAACCCCAAGAUCAUCAUCUUUGAGCAGGAAAACUUCCAGGGCCACUCACAUGAGCUCAAUGGGCCCUGCCCCAACCUGAAGGAGACCGGCGUGGAGAAGGCAGGCUCUGUCCUGGUGCAGGCUGGACCCUGGGUGGGCUACGAGCAAGCCAACUGCAAAGGGGAGCAGUUUGUGUUUGAGAAGGGCGAGUACCCCCGCUGGGACUCAUGGACCAGCAGCCGGAGGACAGACUCCCUCAGCUCCCUGAGGCCCAUCAAAGUGGACAGCCAGGAACAUAAGAUCAUCCUCUAUGAGAACCCCAACUUCACAGGGAAGAAGAUGGAGGUGAUAGACGAUGAUGUGCCCAGCUUCCACGCCCAUGGCUACCAGGAGAAGGUGUCUUCUGUGCGGGUGCAGAGUGGCACGUGGGUCGGCUACCAGUACCCCGGCUACCGCGGGCUGCAGUACCUGCUGGAGAAGGGUGAUUACAAGGACAGCGGCGACUUCGGGGCCCCACAGCCCCAGGUGCAGUCCGUGCGCCGCAUCCGUGACAUGCAGUGGCACCAGCGAGGCACCUUCCACCCCUCCAACUAG